AUGGCGUUGCUGAAAAGUGGAGAAAUAUUCGCAUGGGGCGAUAAUUACUUUGGCCAGCUCGGACUCGGAUAUCAAAGCCUUCGGCGCGAGCCCGACAGAUUUCACAAGACACAACACUAUUACCAGCCGGAAAUGAUUGAUAAACCGACGCGCAUCGAGCACUGGGACUAUUUUGUGCAACAGAAGAGAGAGGAGACAAUUGGAAACGGGACAGUGGAGAUAGAAUACACCGCACAGGUCACUGGGAAAAUCAGGUAUGAAAGCGACGCCAUAAUCACGCAUCUCGAGGCAGGUAACUUUCAAACCAUCGCGCGAUCCAGCUCCGGGAACGUCUACAUUUGGGGAACGAACUCAUUGGGGCAGUUAGGCACUUGCGAUUGCGGCGCCUGUGCGCACAAUUAUGACGCCACAGGAGAUGAUCCGAUGGGAACUUGUACAGCUCAGAAAUCGCCUCCAGCCCCUCCAAAGCCCGACGCGUCAAGCCUGGUCGCCGGCGAAGACGCUCCUCCAGCGCCUCCUCCAGACCUCACUGUGUACGCGUGGGAGCAGGGUUGCGAAUGUAACUGUGCAGGUGCAGGCACUUGCAAGUACACGGCGUCUCGAGGAGAUACCGAUGCCGUCAACGAAGGGAAAUGUGUUGAUUUUGGAGCAAACACGAAAUGUGAAUGCGUCGAACCGUUUCUGAAAAUGCAAGGUUCCAUCUACAAAAUGGAUCAGCCGAUGCACUUUGCGCUCGGCGUCGCGACGGAGUACAAGUUUGUCACAGUUGCAGCGGGAGGGGCAAUGUUUGCAAUUUCACAAUCGCAGUGCCCAACCGAUGAUCUAGGAAAAGUGUGCUCAGGUAUCGGGGAAUGUUUGGAAGCUGACGACGGCGAAUUAUCGACUUGCGAUUGCCCAUUCGGAACAGCUGGAAUCAAGUGCGAGCACUCUUGUCCUGUUGGGACAGAAGAAGAUUAUCUUGCUGUACGCGCCGAACACAACAUCGGAAAAUUUCCUGAUACUCGUUAUCGUGAAGAUACUGAUGGCGUGAUGACAGGACGAGUUUGUUCCGGACACGGACAGUGCGAUGAUGUCGGCAAAUGCGUGUGUGAGGAUUUUUGGUACGGCGAGCGAUGCCAGCACAUGUGUCCGUGGGACAAUCAAAAACGACAUUGCAGCGGAAACGGAACUUGCGCGUAUGAUCCGGAGAUACAAGAGACUCCUUAUUGCAUUUGCAACCGUUACAAAACAACAGACAAAGAUCCCCUUGUCGCGCAAGAAGCAGCCAAACAAUGCGGCGAACGGCAACUUGCCGUGAGAGAAGGAGGUUGGUGCAGUUAUUACGAUAGUGAUCAGGGCUUCGAGGCAUGCUACCAAUUUGGUCUGUGCGGCGUUUGCGAAGACAGCGGUUUUCGUCACUCUAUUCUUCUCACGCUCGUGAUCUCUGUGUUGUUGCGCUUAUUAGUUCUAGACCGAUGAUAG